AUGGCUUACUUCAAGGCUAUAGGAAAAUUCAUCGAGAAAUCCGGCUUCACUCACAUGUUGAUCGAGAGUGGCUUGCUAGCUAGUCGUACUGUGAAUAGAUACUGUUCUCCAUCAAUAAAAGAUAAUGAGCGUUCGUUGAAAGGCAAGGAAGAUGGCAACUAUAAAUUUAUAACUGCUGGGCCAGAACAUGCUAAAACUCAAGAUUUCGUCAAAGAAUUGAAGAAUGAUAAAUUUAAAGUAGCUCUUGUUAACGUUUUAAUAUUACACUGGCAAAAAAGCAAUCAACUACAACUAUCUGAGACCUCACAAAGUUUAAAACUGAAUCGCGUGCCUCAAGGUACUGAUAAAAAUAAUCAAUCGAAAAGUUACAGAACUAUAGGUACAAGUCCUGUAACACCACUUUCAACAAUACAUGCAUGUAGGUCAUUUGACGAGCUUGAAAGUGAAGAUGAUCUUGAUAAAGAAGAUAUAACGUUCCCUCUUGAUGCAGACGUUAAGUUUUCUGGAAGCAGCAAAAGAAGUAGUAUGCAAAGUCGUGGUAGUACUUGCAGUCUUAUUGAACAGCGGAGUAUAACACCUCGCUCUCAAACAACCACUCCGAGAUCCCAAGCAGCCACCCCUCAUAAAUAUAAAAAAGGAGAUGUGGUCGUGACGCCAAGUGGUAUUCGCAAAAAGUUCAAUGGAAAACAAUGGAGACGCUUAUGUAGUAAGGAUCCUUGCACCAAGGAAAGCCAACGGCGGGGGUUUUGUUCUCGACAUUUAAGUAUAAAAGGAUCUGGAUUGCAAAAACUAAGCGGGAGUACUUCAAACAAAACAGACUAUGAAGAUACUUCACGAGACUCUGAUACAUCGCCAAACUACGUGGAAAGAAGAGUUACAGGUCGUUUUGAUCAAGAUGAAACUGAGGCUGCUAAUAUGCUAGUUUCACUCGGAAGUUCUCGUUCUGCAACGCCAGCUUUUUCAUCACCAACUUGUCAACUAUCUGUCAGUCCUUGUAUCAAUGUUUCACCGAAUUUAUCAGCCGUACUACAUCAGAAUGUAUUUAUGCCUAUAUCAAAUCCUGGGCAAAAUAUUCCACAGUUUCCAUCAAGCAUUAAUAAGUGGAAGCAAAAUUUGUCACAAGCAAGCUAUCUCAUACAGUAUAAUGAUCAACCUGUUAUUAAACCAGAGCCUAACCGUUUGAUAUUUUCUGAAAAAUCAUCUUUAGAUCGAGUGUAUUCAAAUAUUAAUAACAGUGUUAUAACGAUUUCACCUAUUGAAAAGAAUUUAUCUAGUUGUAGUAAACAUACAGAAAAUAUUCAGACAGAACGAGAGGCUCCCUUAACAGACUUAUCAAUAUAUAAAUCAGAACAGAAAAGUGUUAUCCUUGAAAAUGCAACUUUUAACUGUAAUCUUAUUCCUUCAAAUAGUCCGAAAUUUGACGUUUCUCAUUGUUCUACUUCACCUUCAUCUCUCAAAAAUGAAGUAGUAACAAAAAAGGACCGUGAUAAUGUAUCUUAUAAUGAUCAUUACCAACCCAGUACUGACAACCAGAAGUUUUCUUGUAUCGCUAAUUACAAAAAAAACGAUUAUAUUGUAAUUAAAAGUAAUACUAAUGUGACUCUGCCAGAUCAAAUGCAAAACAGUAACGAUGUAUUAUCUGAUGACACUAUUGAAAUUUUCUCUAAACAGGAUCCCUGUAAAAUCAACUAUUUGCGUACAGAAUCACCGCAUUAUUUACAUAUUGAUACUACAAGACAGAACAAAUCUCAGGAACAUGAGUCAAAAUUGGAAAGUUUGCAGAGCAAUAAAAUUUUAAUAUCACCGACAGAAGCAACAACUUCUUCGUUAAACAUUUUACAAAAAGUUACUGUUCAACCGACUUCAUUAUCUCUUGUUCCAAAAAAUUGUGUUUCAAAUGAAGAUCAGUUCAAGAGUUGCUUACAAUCUUACAGUUGGAAUAAACAUUCUCUUGAACAAGAAAAAACUACUGUUGAUAUUGCUGUUUCAUUACCUGUGCUAAGUCCACCUUUAAGUGCUCCACCAGUACCUUGUAACUCUAAGACUUGUAAUGAUAAAGAUAUACCAAUACUUCAACAAGAUGAAGAUGACGAUGAUGUUUUCGAAUCUGAAACAUCUACCUUCCGUUGCAUUGAGAAUAAUAUAAGUAAGAGACGAAGUCAAUCAUUAAGUGCUCUACAGUCCAAAGAACCUAAAAGCCCAUCAAAGAUAAAAGAUAGAAUACGUCGCCCGAUGAAUGCAUUCAUGAUAUUUUCAAAACGCCAUCGCGCUGUUGUUCAUCAACGACAUCCUAAUCAAGAUAAUCGUAAUGUGUCAAAAAUCCUUGGGGAAUGGUGGUAUGCCUUAGGUGCUGAAGAAAAACAGAAAUAUCAUGACCUUGCUUCCGAAGUAAAAGAAGCUCAUUUUAAAGCUCAUCCUGAUUGGAAAUGGUGCAGUAAAGAUAAGCGCAAGUCAUCAAGUUCUAAAGUAUCCGAAAUUUAUGAAAAGUUAGCCUCCACUAAAAACGGAUCUGAUUUUACAUUAAAUAAUACUAUCAAAAUUUCUAAGAUAACCGAUGUCAUAAUAUCAAAACCACCAACAUAUACUGACAGUUCUAAUAUGUUACAGCGACCUCAGUAUGAUGCAAAUAAUACCGAUAAAGUGAUGGGAGAUAAAAUGGAAUUGCAUUUGAGGCCAGAUAAUGAAGAAAAUAAUUCUGAUGACGAUAAAAUGAUUAUUUGUGAAGAGUCAUGUUUAAUUAGCUCAUGUUUGAAGUGCAAAAGUAAAUUAAAAGCAUGUCAUGAUGAGAAUUUUAAAGAAAAUAUUCGAUCUCCUGAAUUAUCUUGUGAAAGUUUAUCUUUAAAAAAAGAUGAAGUUACCUGUCGACCUAGGCCCAUCAAAGCUUGUUUACCAACUUUAGAAGAAGAUUUACAAUACAAUAAGUCUACAAGCAACAAAAAUGUAAAUAUAUCUGUAAUUUCUGGAUCUUAUCCAUAUUCAAGUCCUGUGAAUCCUUCAGGUGUAUCGGGCUUUCAGCCAACAGGUGGAGCUUUUAUAACAAUGCCUGUCUCUCCAAAAGUAAAAAAAUCAGAGAUAACUGAGAAUACUGAGCAUCAGUUGAUUCCAAUAAGUAUAAGACAAGCUCAUUCUCGUUCAGGAAAGAGUAGUGCGUAUCUAUCUUCAGUUUUUUCAAAAACCAAUACAGUCAAGCAUCAAUUAUCAAGACAAUCAAUCGAACAAAAUCUCAACUCUGAUGAACUAAAUAAUUCACAUUUACAAGUCAUAGAUAAUGUAUCACACACAUUCGCAAAAAAAAAUAAAAACGCAUUAUAUCUGGUAUCAACAUUAUCUGAAUUGUCCGCUGAUUGUGAUAAAAUAUCAGCAGAUGCGAAGAACAAUACUAGCUUUCGAAAUAAUACAUCGAAUAACGAUAUCGAACAAAGUUCUGUAAUUGUCAGUAAAUCAAAUGUUUCAAAGAGUACUCGUGAAAUGUAUUAUAUCGAUUGUGCUACUAGGAGCAGGGAUGCAGGUUUAGAUAAAUUAUCUGACGUAUCAAGUAAAAUUAUAUCUAAUGGUAAGUGA